AUGGCUGAUGACAAAAUAAUUACUCAAAAAGUUCUUCUUGAAGAACAUGGAGCACUUUGUAAUGUAGAUACUAUAUGUGACUCUCUAUUAAAGCAGUUAUUUGAAUUGUAUAAUUCAAAAAAUAUUGAAAGAUUUAAGGAAGGAAUUUUAAGUUUGCAAAAUUUAAUUGAGAAAAGAGAAACUGGGAGGUAUGAAGAACUUGAAUUUAAACAAGGCGUCUUAGAAAAUAUAAAAAGUAAGAAUGAUGAACUUGAAAUAGAAGUUCAAAAUUUAAAAAAAGAGUUAAAAUUAAAAAAUUCAAAGUAUGUGGGUGUAACAUUUUCAAAAGAAGAGGAAGAAUCUAUAUCUUUGUUAAUAGAAGAAUUAAGGAAAAUAAAAACAAAAAAAGAGUUAGAGAUGGAUCUUAGAAAAGUUUUUGAAGCCAUUAGUUUUUAUGAAGGUGAAACAAAAAGAUUAGAGAAGGAAACUGCUUCUUUUGAUAAAAGUAUUACUGCUAUUAUGGAUGUAAUAGGUAAAUAUGAUAAAUGUGUUAUCAGGACAGCGGAUUAUUUGGAAUGUGUUGCUACAAAAUCAGAUACAGAACAACAGACAGGGUUUCUGUCUUUAAAAGGAGCUGAAUUAUCAUGUACAAAAAAUCAAUAUUUAAAAAUAAAUGAUUGUUGCAGAAUUCAUGAUAGCUGUUAUGGUAAUAAAAUUUUACUCCAAACACAAUGCGAUUCUUUUCUUGAAAAGUGUUUUGAAGAAGCUACUUCAGUUGAGGUGGGAAUAAAAAAAUUUACUUGUAAAGCAUUAAUAAUCACAUUUGAGCUUGCUGUUGAAAUGUUUGGAAGUAGAGCAUUUAACAAAACAAAAUAG